AAAUCAGCUGUGUGCAUUUUGUGCUGCACGUACUUUUCCCCGUACCCGUGGACGCUGGCUUUUUUUUUUAACGUGUUGUAAUGUAAAACCAUAAUUUUUACAACUCCCCCAACUGCUCCCCGGUGCACUGCAGGAUGAACGGAAACGGUGGGCACCGGAGCAAGUUCGGCUCGCUGAUAGGCGUGCUGUACGUCGGCCACACGAGCUGCAAGUGUUUGAUUUACGCAACCAGAAAUGCGGAGGUGCUCACGUGCCACGAGUCGUCGCUCGAACCGUUGUCGCCCCAGGCCGGGUGGGUCGAGUUUGAACCGUUGGCCCUGUGGGCGACGGCACGCGUGUGCCUGGAGACGGCGGUACAGAAUCUGAUCAUACUGGACAUCAACCCGCACGACAUUGUGGCGGUCGGGGUGUGCAAUCAGCGCGAGACGACGGUGCUGUGGGACCGCACCACGGGCAAACCGCUGUGCAAUGCGAUCGGCUGGUGCGACACGCGCACCUCGAGCGUGGUCGGAAGCAUCCUGCAGCGUGUGCGGGGCAAGAAGCACUACCUCAAGUCGGUGUGCGGGCUGACGGUGAGCAACUGCUUCAGCGCCGUCAAACUACGCUGGAUGAUGGAGCACGUCGACGGGGUGCAGCGGGCGAUGGACGAGGGGCGGGCCGCGUUCGGCACGCUGGACAGCUGGAUCAUCUGGAUGCUGACGGGGGGCGUCGAGGCCGGCAUUCACGUGACGGACGUGACGAACGCUUCGCGGACGAUGCUGAUGAACCUGGAGCGCCGCGUGUGGGACGAAAGGCUGUGUCGAUUCUUUCGCAUUCCAAGCAACAUUCUGCCGGAGAUUCGAAGCUGCUCGGAGGUGUACGGAUACAUUAACGAGGGCCCGUUGAGCGGGACGCCGAUCGCAAGUUGCCUGGGCGAUCAGCAGGCUGCCCUGCUCGGGCAAAUGUGUCUGGGCGCGGGGCAAGCCAACUGCACCAUCGACGAAGGCAUGUUCGUGCUGUUUAACACUGCCCGGGAGAUCAUCGAUUCCGACCAUGGGCUGCUUUCGACCGUGGCCUUUCAGCUUGGACCCCGUGCCGACCCGCACUACGCACUGGAAGGUGCGAUCGCCCAUGCCGGUUCUUCGAUCGGUUGGUUAAAGCGUACGCUCGCCCUGGACCCGGUCGCAUCCGAUGCGAUGAACAGCAGCGCCAGCGCACUGUUUCCCGACGGCCCUGCCAAUACUCAGCUGAUGGCUUCUUUCUGCUCGGCCGUCAGUUCCCCGGUUCCGCCGUACGGCGAGACGAAAACGCUCGCCGGUGGCGGCGUCGGCCAACGGGGUGGUGUCAUUUUCGUACCUGCAUUCAGUGGAUAUUACACGCCGUACUGGCGGUACAAAGCGCGGGGCAUGAUGUUCGGCAUAACGCUGCAAACGACGCCGCAGCAGAUCCUGGCCGCCGCCCACGAAGCGAUCUGCCACCAGGUGCGCGAAGUGCUGGAAUCGCUCGCUAAGGAUUGUCCCACGUGGCCCCGGCUGGCGAAGCUUACCGUCGGGGGCGAUCUCAGCGAACAGCGGGCGCUGGUGCAGCUGCUAUCGGAUCUGAACGGGGUGCUGGUGGAGCGGCCGCAAACAUCGACACCGGCCUGCCUCGGGGCAAUGCUCGCCGCCGGGCUGGCCACCGAAAUACUGUCCAUCGAUCAGUUUCGCCAGAACUGUGUGCCACCGAUCGAUUUGUUCAGUACAGCGUUUAAUUCUAGUCAAAGGGAUAUGAAGUUCCGCCGUUGGAAAAUGGCUGUCGAUCGGUGUUUAAACUUCGAUUCCGUGUCGGAUAGCGACCCGGUGAAGCUGAUCGGCGACGGACGCGAUCCGGAUUCGUACGUGCGCUGCUCGAUCCCCGGGUCGGUCUUUAUCGUUUCGUCGUUCGUGCUUAUUGUGGCCGCCCAGCUGAUGAAACAGCACGGGUUCGCGUAGCUCCGUUGCGCCUGGGUGUGUCUGUGGAAUGCCGUCGUGUGGAUGGUCCUGCCUCGGUCCUGCCAAUCGCGCAAGUUACCAGAUCGAGGUAGUAUUAGGCGCUGUGUAGCUUUGUUCCUGACCGGUUCGUUGUUUGUUACCGAGCACAAAUUUGAUGACACACUCUUUCGUGUACGCUUGCAGCAAAAUAUGACAAGUGAAAGUAAUCGAAAAAAAUCGAUAAAAUAAAACCCGUUUGUUGCUGAAA